AUAGGGCUCUCUUGUGAUUUACAGUGAAACUCAAGGGCAGGCAUUUUUUUUUCUUCUGCAAAACCAAAAUUGAUCAACAAAACCUAUAAAGCUCUUGCGAUUCUCGACGGCGUUUCUACUUUCCGACGCCGAUGAGCCCCUCCGCCUAGCAAUCCCGGCGGCGAUACGACGUACCUGAAGCCGUAAUUUUCCGGCCAUGGCUCUCACUCUCGGGAAGCUCACCAUUCUGGUCGGUGCAGGUAUUGUUGGGUCAGUUAUUGCGAGUGAAGGACGGGUAUCUGAUCUUGUUUCUGGUGCUUUCAAGUUUGCUUUGGGGCGUAUAGCAAAAGAUGAUACAAGAUCAUCAACAGUGAAGAAGCCCCGUGAUGACUCACUGAUGGCCCAGGUUGACAUCAUUCGAAAGGAGCUUGAGAUGUUAGCGUCAAACAGAUCUGUCACAAUUGUAACUACAAGUCGAGCUGGUUCCAGCAAGUAUGGUAUAAUUAUUGUUACAAUUGUGGUGGGAUAUGGCUAUAUUUGGUGGAAGGGGUGGAGACUGCCGGAUAUGAUGUUUGCUACGCGGCGUAGUCUAUCCGAUGCUUGCACUUCUAUCUCGAAACAACUUGAGAAUGUUUACUCGUCAAUUGCGGUUACCAAGCGGAAGUUAUCUUCACAAAUUGAUGGCCUUGAUUGUGGUUUGGAUGAGUGUCUUGAAACUACUACUAGAACGCAAGAGGAGGUUUCUGAACUACGGGGAAAAACAGAUUCGAUUGGUGUCGAUGUUAGAUCUGUUCAUUUCGCAGUCCAGACUUUGGAAACUAAAAUCAAUAGAAUAGAAGGGAAGCAGGAUUUAACAACUGAAGGAGUAAGGAGAUUAUGCGACUAUGCCUGGAACUUAGAAAAUGACAGAGCCAAAGAACGGAUUCAGGCAAUACCAUCCAGUUCCUUGAGGCCGGCCCUUGAGCUACCUCCAAUUUCACCAGCAAGGACUGGGUCCUUGCCUCCUGUUGUGAUUUCGGAACCCUCCUCUGAUUCCGGUGGAUCCAACCAGGAGGUUACUGGAAUUUCAGAAGUCAUUGGGGAAUUGGGUGUUCGUGGGGUUGCCAAUGGGAUGGGUGCUUCAGAAGACUUGAACAAUGUUUCUCCGGGUUCUGGUCGGUUUGGGAUGAUGAGAUUUCCCAGGAUUAGUGCAUCGUUUCUAACAAGAACUCGCAGUGCGACAAACGGAAUGCUACAACAAACGCGUUCAGCAGCUAGUCAAAGACUUUGAUGAUCUUUGUACGUACAAAUAAAUAGACAUCUAUAUAAGAUAGAUACACCGUUAGAUUAUAUUUGGGCAAGAAUGUCUGCAGUGUUUGAUUCUGAGAAGUGUGGGUGUGACCCUCCCAUAAUACACGAGUGCCCAAGCCAAAUUUAUGGAAAGGACAGGGUACUGAAUUUUGUAGAGCAACUAGUAUUGUCUUAAAUUAGGACCAUAUUUUUUAAUGCAGUUAAAUUUACCUUUUUUUUUUUGCCCUCC